AUGGCAUCCAAUAUGAAACGAGGUCUCCCUUCUGGUGCAUCUCACUCUCUGAGUUUACCUGCACAAGUAGAUCCAGAAAGUAUUGAACAGUGGCGCAACCCAAUCGAGUUGGCUGCUCGAAAAUCAAAUGUACCUGCAUCAGUUACUGGUGGUGUGAUAUAUCAAGAAUCAUCCGGACGUGAUGCAGGACUCAUGAACCUGUUCCAAAGUGUGUUCCAAGUACGACUCGACGAGCUCUAUCCAGUGGCGUGCUCAGAUGUGCGACAGUCCAAAGUAUAG